AUGGCGUCUAAUAAUAAACAAGCACUUCGAGUUAGUUCUGGCCUUACAAGCGAUGUCUUAAAAGUUAGAGAUGUUUCGACUACAAUGGAGAUAAUGAACAUUUCUACCGGUUCAUGGUUAAUUUUACCUACAAGUCUAGCCUCAUCAUUGACAAUUCAAACAACUACCAUUCGUUCCUUUACAUCUACAAAUGUUUCACCCGCUCCAACGUCUUUUGCUGAUUCUAAUCCAGUUUUCAAAAAUGCUGAUAAACCAAUAAAUAGCUCAUAUCCCACCGAGAACAGUAAUGAAACUCAUUUGGAUACAUUCGACCCAGGAUCCUCUCUAAGACAACGAAGGUUAUUCAAGAAAUACGACGAUCAUUCAUUUAAUAUUCCUGUGCACGAAAUUAUUAAUGAAAAUAUUAUCACAGUUCAUAAUAAAUCUGCAUUCAAUAGCGGUUCAAUGAGUACCAUAAUAGAAUUGGAUGAUGAUAAGUCAUCAAUAGACUUUCAAAAAGCUCCUCCAAAUUGGGAAGAGUCAUAUCAAGAUUUCGUGGUCCACUCCGCGACACCGAUUAACAAUAAAACAUGGGAAAAUUGGAAUGGUGCAAUUAAUAUUUCACCAGAUGCCAUUUUUGAACCGUCUACACUUGAAGAACUUAUUGAUAUUGUAAAACUAGCAAAGGAAAAUAAUAAAACUAUUCGAUGUGCUGCCCAAGGGCAUACUAUAAGUUCUUUGUCUGUCACAGAGCACUAUCUGGUAGUAGUUACAAAUUUAACUCAAGUCACAAUGAAAGAACAUCCAAAAUAUGGCUGGACUGUUACUGCUGAAGCUGCGGAUCUUGAUGAAGCAUUACGAAAGCAUAAUCCACCAUUAGCCCUUGAAUCAGCUGUUGUCUUUAACACAUUUCGAGUAUCUGGUGUUAUAGCAACGGGAUCACAUGGUGCAAAGACCAGUUCUGGUAUUAUGUCUGAUCAAAUUUGCUCGAUGAAAAUCGUCACUGGAUCUGGUGAAGUAUGUGAAUUUAGUGAAGACAUAAACAAGUCAGAAUUUAAUGCAGCGAAAGUCAACUUAGGUUUACUUGGUAUAAUAUAUUCUGUGACUUUCCGUGUAAAACCUAUGUACAAUCUUCGUAUGAACGACCUUUAUAUUCCAGUGAACGAAUGGCUUAAACCACAUAUUAUUAAAAAUCUUGUAGAAUCAUCUGAUGGUAUUGAAAUACUUUAUUUUCCAUUCAAUGGAUUCAAUCAAAGUGAUCCGAAACCUCUUGACCCUAAUAGAGAUCUAGUUUGGGUUAAGAAUUGGGUACGAACUGAUGAACCUGUGAGUUUCACACAACAGCAGAUUCAAAAAACACAUGAACUUCAAGCACAAGGUCUUAUUCAACAGUUUCAGUUCAUAAGUAGUAUUUUACAAACUCCUAAAGAAACCCCGAAUGCCAUCGCUAUGACAUGGAAUGCUUUAAUUAGUGGUGGUAAUACUAGUUUUGUAUAUCAGGUUCCUGAUGCUCUCCAUUUCGCAGCUAGCGAAGAAAGUCUCAAGCUUGAUUUGGUAGAAUAUGGAUUUAAAAUUGAUCCGGAUUUUUCCAACGUUGCUACCGAAUUUUCUUACAUAAUUCAAUCAUUGUAUGAAUUUGCAGCACAAGAAAAAUUUCCAGUAAAUUAUCUUGCAGAGUUUAGAAUCAUAAAAUCUAGUGAAGCGCUAUUAUCUAAUAAUUUUGACCAUGAUCCAGAAGCGUUGUAUUGUCAUAUGGAUGUUGGGACAGUUCAUGGUACUCCUGGUUUGAAAGAAUGGGUGCAAUUAAUUGGGCAGAGACUUUUCGAGAAGUACAGAGCAAAACCUCAUUGGGCAAAAAAUUGGGAACUUCAUCUAAAUGUGAACCAUUAUCUUUCUGAUAUUUUAUCAAAUCAAAUUAAACAAUUUGAGAAAGUGCGUGAAAAGUAUGACCCUGAUAAGAUUUUCUUUGAUAAUAAGUCAUUGCAGGAUAUAUUUAGUCGUGUUUUAGGACCACAAAAAAGUAAUGGCUCUAAGAAAAUGGAAAUAAAUGAUGGAACUGGUGUUCCACAUCCACUUAGAUUUUUUUUUUAA